AUGGGCCGUCGUCAGGAGGAAUGCUGCGCCGGGGUCCAGGCCGAGGCAUAUCUCGGAACAGAGUGCUCAGGAUUGGCUCUUCUCGAUUUUACAACACCAGUCGACGGCAGCUGCUUUCAGUUCUAUAAAAAAGGUUCGAAAGCUUACUACACCUCAGCUACAUGUGAGGGAGGUAUCUACACAGUUGACAUCUGGGUCGAUGACGCUGAGUGCACCCCAGGUGCCGGUGUCUACCCUCUUGAACAAGGCGCUGAGUGCACCUCUAACGAGGUUACCGACGGCAUGAGUGCAGCCCUUGAACUCUCGUGCGUAUAGACUCGUUUUAGGCAAAUUUGUAUUUGUACAAGAUAGGCAACAGACGAUAUACGAAUUAUACUUUGCUGCG